CAAGAAGGAUGUCAGACCCCAACAUCAGUGUUGGCAGCCUCCCAGCAGCUCUCUUCCUGACCGGGAUCCCUGGACUGGAGUGGGCCCACAGUUGGAUUGCCAUCCCCUUCUGUGUCAUGUAUCUGGUAGCGCUGGCUGGCAAUGCUGCCCUUAUCCUGGUCAUUGCCUUAGACAGUGCUCUUCAUGCACCCAUGUACCUGUUCCUUUGUAUUCUUUCACUCACUGACCUAGCUCUCAGCUCCACCACUGUGCCCAAAAUGCUGGCCAUUCUGUGGUUCCAUGCUGGUGAUAUUUCCUUUGGUGGGUGCCUGGCCCAGAUGUUCUGUGUCCAUUCUAUCUAUGCUCUGGAGUCUUCGGUUCUUCUUGCCAUGGCCUUCGAUCGGUAUGUGGCUAUCUGCAACCCACUAAGAUACACAACCAUUCUCAACCACAUUGUCAUAGGCAGAAUCGGUCUUGCUGGGAUAUUCCGUAGUGUGGCCAUUGUGUCCCCUUUCAUCUACUUGCUAAAGCGACUGCCCUACUGUGGGCACCGUGUCAUGGCACACACAUACUGUGAGCACAUGGGCAUUGCUCGACUGGCCUGUGCCAACAUCACUGUCAAUAUUGUCUAUGGACUGACUGUGGCUCUUCUGGCCAUGGGUCUCGAUUCCAUUCUCAUUAGUGUUUCCUAUGGCUUUAUUCUACGUGCCGUCUUUCGACUUCCAUCACGUGAUGCCCAGCAUAAGGCUCUGAGUACCUGUGGUUCCCACCUUGGGGUCAUUCUAGUCUUCUACAUCCCUGCCUUUUUCUCCUUCCUCACCCACCGCUUUGGCCAACACAGAGUCCCCAAGCAUGUGCACAUCUUUCUGGCUAACCUUUAUGUGUUGGUGCCUCCUGUUCUCAACCCAAUCAUCUAUGGAGCUCGGACCAAGGAGAUUCGGUCUCGACUUCUAAAACUGCUUCACUUGGGGAAACUUUCACUAUAAAU